CCGUCGGAGUGACACCACUACUUAACCAUAGCUUUAAACGUAACUUGACAAACUUAGUUUCACGUAGUGCAAGGAUGAACCAUUUUUGCUUGACGGAAAAUGUGAUUCAGUCAACGCGAGGUUGUUAGAACUUUUUUAAAUACAAAGACAUUUUUCGUUAAGAAAGUGUAAGAACAGUUUUAUAUUAAGAAGAGGAUUUUGGAAUUGUUGGUUUUGGCGUUAUUUUCGUUAUUGAAAAGAUGGCGCGCCACGCACUGGCCUGCCUCUUCAUCAUCGUGGCAGUAGCAGCAAAAGAGCAGUCGCGGUGGUCAAGACAAAUCAGCUCCUAUACUUCAGACAUAAGCGACUGGGUUCCUCUUCCCGGACCCGUUGAAAGAGAAAUUCCUCGCCAACCUCAACUCAAAAGACAAGCUAUCGCCGAACCAAGAAUACUCGCCGAACCUGUUUUUCCAGGAUUCACGAGACCUACUGGCUUCAGUCAAGAUUUCCCUUCAAGAACAUACUUUAACGCACCGACGAACAGGCAACUGUAUCUCCAAUCAGUACCCGCUGUUCCCUCUGCGCCACAGAAUUAUCUAACAGAUCAAGGAUUCCGAUUCGGUCUGUCUCAACCAAACUUUCCUCUGAACCAAGGAUUUAUCGGACCACAAUUUCCAUUUGACACUAUCCCUAUGAAACAGAGACCACCAAUUAUAUCCAACCCAAUUGCUUUUCCGAAAUCAAACUUGCCAUCUCCACAAGCCAGACCAUUCCCGAUUCAAGUGCAAAAGAAACCUGAGUCACCAAAGCUUAUCGAUGGAUACAGAGUUGAGAACAUCAGUGUCACCUCAGCAAAGAAACCUCAAUCCCUGCAAAAAUUGAAAUAUGAAACUUUCGACAAAUUUCCAAAAACGGAAAUGGUUCCUCCAAAACCUAAAACCGAACGAGAAGAAGUACAAUUACUGUACGUACCUCUAGAAUCUUUAAAUAGAGGCCAAUUCAACUUUAGGUAUCCGAUAUCGCACAUGAUGAACACAGAAAAAAAUAAUCAAGCCGCACAGAGACAGAAUUUGCCUAAGCAAACAUUUUUGACUGAUUUCCAGAAGCCUAGUCAAAGCCAGAGUGUGGAAUCUUUUGAUCCGGAUUAUUUCACUAAUUUCAACUCACAAUUUGGUGCACAAUUAGAUCAAACUAAAUUUUCAACUAUCUCAGCGCCUUUUCUAAAACCCACGACUACACCGAAACCUAAAAAACUGAAGCCUCACCAACCACCAUUGGCUAUCUUCAUGACGCAAGAAGCAAAGAAAGGUGAUCAAGUCAAAGUUGGCGACGUACUCACAUCAUUGAAGAACGCUGAAACUAUAGCCGUCCUUGACUCAGUAAAUCCUCAGACAGCUCCCAAAGUAUUCAUUGGGCCUUCAAAUCUAAGCCCACCCGAAACCUUUGUGAAGUUUGAACUUCCCUAUUUAUCCAACAUUGAGCACAAUGAUAAGAAACUGAGAUCUUUGCCGUUCUUUGUUGCACCUUUGAGCUACAAAACUCCUCAAGGCUUCGCAAAGAUACCCUUUCCAUCACCUCACGUUGGUUCAGUCAUCAUUAAUGCUCAGAUAAAGGACUCGACUUCAACGAUUGCAACUCCUGCGGCUGAUGUCAUUCCAAAUUCAUACUCGUCGCCACAACCUAGGCCUGUAUUGCAAGCCAUUGCUCCCGUCGUCACAGAAAAGCCAAGCUAUACUUUUUACAGCACUACUCCACCAAAAACAAAUGCGCCUGUUAAUCAUGAUGCAAACUAUUACACCUUCGAACCUCAAACUGUAAGCACCCUGAGACCACCGAAGGAACCGCAAGCAAGCCUCAACCCUGCACCUCAAAGAAAUUCUUACUUCUUGAACAACGAUGACACUACACAUUUUCCCGCCCCUCACAUCCGGUUCGAGCCCAAAGAUAGCAUCAGGCCUCCAUCAGCACCUGUCAAAGCUUUUAAUAUUGAGAAACAAACGACGCCUACUACUUCUAGAACUACUCUGUCUUCAACCACUAGUAAACCUUCUACAUAUCCAAGCCAGUUGUUAGAGACUCACAACCCUUACUCUAUCAAUCAAGCUUUCCAUUUUAGCACUCCAUUAGACUACCACAACUUAUUCGAAGAAAACUAUCCAGCUCGAGGAAUUGCUCCUCAAAAUUUGCGCCCACCUUUCUCUCCUCAAACCACUAAAAUAAACCCAAGUACAACUGCGAAAUCAAUAGAUCCAGUUACUGAACAGCAUAAUUAUCAAACGCCUAGAUAUGUGCAAAAUUAUUCACCUGAAAUUCAUUACGAAUCUGAGGUUCAAAACUCAAGAUAUCCUCAAAAUGAAUACACAACAAAGCCUGCAGUAACUUUUGACUACAGACAGCCCGCCAACCCAAUUGAUGAUACGCAACAAUCGACUAGCAGUGUAAAUCCAACUGAAUACACUAAUGUUGAUACUCAAACAAUUAUUAACGAGAACGUUGAUUAUGCUUUUAAUAAACAGAUUGAAUCUUCAUCCAAUUCGCCAUAUACAUACGAUCAAUACGAAACAAACGGUAGUGAAGAAAAGCAAACUAGCCCUUCCACAAGCACGACCACUACAUCCACUACAACUCGAAGAACUCCAAUUAGAAAUAGAGGUCGACCGCGAUAUACCACUACACCUAGAGCUGAAUCUGGCGAACUGUUUACUAAAUCCAUUGUAACUCGUCGACCUCUUAGAGAACGCAGGCCUUUACCUACCCGCCCAAAAUUCGAACACAACAAGAUAACUUCCGAAAGAUCUACAAGGAAACCAGUCGAAUCUAAUGAAAGUACUACUAAGUACUCAAGAGGCAGAACACGCGGAAGAAUCCACUACAAACCUUCUGACAGCGACGAUUAUUAUGGCAAAGCAAAUAAGCACACUAGCAGCAAGGAAAACGACUUAGCUUACCAAAGAGACAUACUUCAUCAGAACUAUCCUGUUACUCUAAUGGAACGUGCCAGUACCGUUGACAUCGAAGCCAUAACUGAACCAGCGCCCAGAAUUUCCUCUACUAGAAACUUAGAUACUACUACGGAGGUUUAUGACACUGAAAACGCUGAUAGCAAUGAUAACAGAGCAAUAAGCCAACACCUACCAAACACGGCAUCAAAGGAAGAAACACAGACUUACACUAAUAAAGCUGAGUUUCAAACUGAAGAGACCAUAGUACCUAAAGUGCCAUCUACUCACGCCGACUACACGUUCCAAUCUAGAAGCAGUAUAGCCCCAUUCGAUGCUAUUACUUUUUACGAUGACAUCGCGGGGAAGGAAGAUGACAUAUAUGUUAAAUCAACUACAUCAUCUAAAACAGAAAGCCCCGAAGUCACUUAUUAUGCGACGGAAACUUUCCAUGCUGAUGCUGAAGAAGCUUUGAAUUUCCCAAGUUACUCUAUCAACAACAAUUACUCUAAAGAAGAAAAACAUGAAGAAACAACGACACCUGCAGUUGAAAUCACAAAAAUUACACAAGACACACAAUCCGUUAGCCAAAACGCCGAACCUGAAGAAAAUGUGGUCCAGACAACACCUUCCUAUAAUAGAGUGCGAGUCCGCCCUGGACUGAUUCGACAAUACCAUCAGGCGUCUACAGAAAGUACGAGGACAAAGGCAGACAGAAAAAGACCGAUCCAGGCAAUUACUUACAGGCCGGCAUUCAACAACCGCAGAACGACUAUGAGGAUUGAAGAAAUCGAAGCCGACUUAAAAACUAAACAAGUGCAUGCUCGUCCAGAGGUGCAAGAUUACAGACACCCGGUGUACAGGCCUGAGCCGACAACUGAACCCGCAGUGACAUCGGGAUUGACUCAAGAAACUACUACAAAACGUGGCGUCUUCCGUCGUAGACGACCGACCUACACAACCACAACAACUUCCACCGAAGCCUCUUCUAGCACAAAGAAAACUGUAUACGAAAUCAAGAGUAGAUUCCGAGGACGAAGACCAACAGAAAAGACUUCCGAAAAGCCUGAAGUUCAUACGGAAGCAACACAGCCCACGUCUACUACUAUCAGGAGUACACAUUAUAAUCGGUAUAGCAAUAGACAACGACUUUCUGAAAGAUACAAUAAGAAAUCUGAGUCUGAAAGUUCAGAUGACCAGGAUUCAAAUUACUCUAUCCUCAGACCAAAAUACGCUGAACCUGAGUCUGACCAUUGGUCCCCUAAAAUUUCGAGCGACUCUUUCAAACCUUAUAACCCUAAUGACAUCAUUGAUGUCGAAAAAGCGGCUACUACUGAACGCAGAUCUGAUCUUGACGACGAUAUAAUUACAGCGAGAAACGAUUAUGACGAUAUUUUGGUUUCUGUCACCCCUGCGUCUAACACCAGAGGCACGAAAAGGAUACCUGAUAUUCCUCCCACUUUGAAAGCUUUCGUCGAACAGAGCAAAAUUACUAAGAAUGAUUCCAGUGAUGGUAGGUCUACUUUUGAAACAAUGCUUGAAGAGGUGAUGAAAACUUUGGAAGAACAAGAUGAAGACGAGUAUUCAACGAAUGUAAUGAAACAUAAAGGUGGUGAGAUUGGGGAAAUUCCUCCAGAGAGGAUAAUUUCUUCCGGAGACAACUAUAAGAGCACUACGGUCGAACAAGACGAAACCACUACUGCACAACCCGUUCAAGAAGAAACCACUAUACCUAAGGAUGAGGAGGAGAACAAAAGCCGUCGUCGCGGUUUCUGGAAGAAGGUGAAAGUUCGUCCCGUCACAGAGUCCAUCGAAACAGCUGAGUCUCAGUACUACCCGAACUCUGCAAAUCGACUCAGUCACACAGUCACUUUAACCAAAACCGUACACGACAAAAACGGCAAAUACGGUAAACCUAAAGUGACCACCUACAAACCGACUUACCAAAUACUCCAUGACGUUUUUGAUAUUGAAAAUGAAGAAGAACUAGAUAUGUUGUCAACUGUGGACAUUCCCAAAAUUACCAACAAACCUGAUGAAUUAUCAGAAGUUGUUAACAGAGUAUUACAAGAAUCGACCGAGUCUAUCGUGCAAGAGACUACGGAACCAAGUGACUAUCCUGGUGACAUGGAUUUAGGUACGGGUACGCCUGACCCUAAUUUAGAUACAAUCUAUGUUACAACUCCUGAGCCUGUGACUACUAGCGAAUCUAGUUACAGUCUUUUAGAAAGAGCUGAUGGGUUCAGCUUAAUGGAUUAUCUAUUUGGGUCUGAUGAUCUUGAGCACAAAGAAUCAAAAAAAGAUACAAAAAAGGCUGAGAAGGAAAAACUACAAGAAAACAAAGAAAAGGUAAAAGUUGAAAUAACUACGGAACAACCAAAACCUAAACUAGCUACUACGGAAAGCACAUAUAUUCCGGAAGAACUUACAGCACUACCUUCAGAGGAAGAUAAGACAGAAAGUGUUACGGAAAAAGACUUAAAAAAACUGAAUGCUGAAAUUUAUAAAUUAGAGAAAAUCGUUAAUAGUACAGAGAAACCCACAAAUGUUGAAUCUUCCUCUGUAUCCAGCUUUAUGGACCCUGAUAACAUUGUUAGUACAUCAAUGUCCACAGAAAUAUCACACGAAACAGAAAUUUGCUUUAGAGGAAAAUGCAUCAAAACUAGCAAAGAUAUUUUAUAAAUAUCAGGAUAUAUGAAACGUAAAAUAUGGUGCUAAAGACUUAUGUUCAAAUAGUGGAAUAAACUUUCGAAAGUGAAAUUUUAUGUGAGGACUUUAGAACUUAUAAUAGGUGUCUCAAAUAAUUUAACCUUCGCCUAUAUUUGAGUCAACUAUAAUAAAUAAAUUA